AUGAGCCCCGCGCAUAUGAUACUAGAAAGUUCACCUUCUUCGGCGGACUCAGGCAGCAGUGAAUCCUCAAGCGGUUUCGUGCUGUCCGACGUUGCUAACCCGGAGGCGAAUCUCCGUACCGACCUGGAAUACCACCGGUCUCGGCUCCCGCAGCUUCUCGACGUCAUCCUCGCUAAGGACGGCCUUUUGUUCUGUCCCAUCAGUAAAAAUCACUUCAACCGCGACUUUGAGUGCGGUUAUGGCACAUAUUGCUCAACAGCCCUCGUGGAUUCGCUCCUUGCGCUGGCUGCUCUUCUGGCCAAAGACCGUGUCAGCGUCAUGGCCAAUCCCACGGCAAGCACCCAUCCUGGACAAGAAGACCUCGGGCAAGUCUUUACAGAAGAGGCCAUUUCUGUGCUAUACAACGGAAUCGGUCUUCCACGCCGCAUCGCCGACAUACAGGCACUCGGUAUCCUGUCGUUGUACUGUCUCGGCCGCAAUCAGCUAAAUGACGGUAGAGGAUUCGCCAGCGACUUUGGCGCUGCCAUCAUCGAGCAGUGGCGCACAGAGCAGCCGAUCAAACCUGAUAGUAGAAUUUUCCCGGAUAUACAGGCACAUGCAAGCAUCUAUUGUGCUGCUGUCUCGCUGAACCGGUAA